CUCACAAACUCUUAUUUUAGACCAUAACAUUGUGAGAAGACGGCCUAAAACUAGUGCUAUAAUUAUGAAUUUUGCAAAGCCCCUGGUUUUGCUAGUUUCAUAUAUUUCUUUGAUCCGGAACGCAAUAUGUAUUCGUCAUGGAACAAACCUAAUUUGGGCACAGAUACCAACAGUCAGAAAUACCGUCUCGCGAUUGGUGGGAAUAGAAGGUGACCCCAACGACUGGGUCGAGAGUGGAAAGGUCAAAGUUCGACACAUCAGUGCUCCACAUUUCGGCUGGGAAUUCAAAGCGUUAGCAUUUCAGCAUUCCACGCAGACGUUACUCUGGAGCGAGGCUAUGAACAAGCGGAUACAGAGCCUCGUUUUAAACGGUUCCACCGACACGAACGACGUAUUCAUCGGGACAUCUCCGGAAGUGUACGGAAUGAGUGUUGAUUGGCUGUCGGGUAAUUUGUACUGGGCGGACACGUUGUACAACUGGAUUAUCAUGGCGCCCAUUCGGUCGGAAGAGAGAGUGUACAAGAUCGUUGUUCAGGAUGGUCUAGACAGUCCACACGGGGUGGCAGUGUAUCCACAGAAAGGCUAUUUAAUAUGGUCAGACUGCGGAGAAAACCCAAAGAUUGAAAUCUCGGACUUGCUCGGUAAAAACCGAAGAUCGCUGGUGGAGAUAAAUAUACAAGAGCCUCGCGGAUUGGCUAUAGACUUCAACGAGAACACCCUCUAUUGGGCCGACAGCGUACGAGACACGGUGGAAGCGAUUGGUCUAAACGGGUAUGGAAGAAGAAUCGUCGCUCUUCAAGAUGGAUCGAGCUUCUUUAGUGUGGCGAUUUACGGGAAAUACCUAUUUACAACGGAACAGAGCAAAGGUCAUCUGAAAAUUUACGACAAAAAGACAGGAGCUAAUUAUAUCAGCUACAGGCUGGGUUACGUCCCUUUUGGUAUUGUUAUGUACGAUGGAAGUUUGCAGAUAGGAAAUUCAAGUGACUGUGACGAUCUAGGGUGUGGUCAGAUGUGCGUGCCCGACCCCCUGACUGGGCCCAGGUGUAUCUGUGGGGAGGGAUACGACAUGGACGAGGACGGGGUGUCGUGUAUCAAGACCAAAUCGUUUGUUCAACCCUCUCACAUUUAUGCAAUACACGACGCCAUUUGCCAGUACCCUGCCAACAUCGCAGAUAUGUCUCUGACCAACAUUACCUUGGAUACCCAGUGUUUUCUGAACGAUCGUCAUGGAUACCUAGCUCUGACGUACGACGCACGUGACAAUUUGUUGUACUACUCGGAAAACAACACGUUCACGAUAAGUCGAAUUCACCUGGAGAUUGGCGCCACUAGCGAAAUUGUCGCAGGAGGAACAGGUGUUGUGAAAGGAUUGGCACUGGACUGGAUAUCUGGAAAUUUGUACUGGACAGACGGCAGCAACAGACAAAUCAAGGUGUCACGGAAAGAUGGCACCGCCCAGAAAGUGUUGAUUAACAGCGAGUUAGACAACCCUCUUGGGAUAGCCGUACAUCCUGGGCGCGGGACAAUAUACUGGACUGACCCCUCUGACGCCCCCAAGGUGGAGUGGUGCUACACCGACGGAACCAGCCGAACGGUGAUCAUGGACGACAACCUCGGCUCCCCGAAUCACCUCUAUAUCGAUUUCCAGAAGGAUGUAUUGUAUUGGACAGACUCCACACUCUUUCAUGUACGCAGCUACGACUUGACCACAGGUCGGAUUGCCGUCAUCUAUUCACAACCAAACACCAAGUUCUACGGAAUCAGUUUAUUCAAAGAUUUCCUUCUGUGGACGGACACCGAACAAAUGAACGGAAUCCAUGUAGCGAGGUUAGACAAGGCAGAGAAAGUCCGGGGAAUCAUCCAUCCCACCAACGGGAUAUCCCAGGAUCUGAUAACAACAGACAUAAACAACCAACCCAUGUUCAAUGAUUCAGCUUGUCUGGAAAGUAAAUGCGAACAGCUCUGUUUGUCAGGGGCAGACAACUCGUUUUGGUGCCACUGUGGUCUUGGAUACGAUUUGAUGAAUGACAAUUCCUCCUGCAGAACUGGUCUUGUGCAGGACUACUUUCUUUUGGUGACAGACGCCUACCAGCGGCAGGUUUUUCAAGUGAAUGGGCUCAACGGUGUAGUGCACGCCAUACAUCACUCGAUCCGCCAUUCACCCAUCGCGGUCGAUUUCGAUCCCGUGAUGCAGCGCGUCUUCUGGUCUGAUAACGAGGCUCACAUCAUUAAAACUGCAAAUCUUGUCGGCGACUUCCAUGAUGUUAUUGUGCGACUACCUGAAAAGUCCGUGGUUGAUGGUUUAGCCGUGGACUACAUCAACAGACUGAUCUACUACACCGACUCGGGUCGCGAUUUGAUCGGAGUUGUCUCCCUCAACGAUUACGAAAACAACCGAGUUCUAAUUAACGAAUCGAUGGAUGAACCACGAGCCAUCGUCUUGUCACCAAUCGAAGGGCGCAUGUACUGGACAGACUGGGGCUACUCAGCUCGUAUAGAGUGCGCUAGAAUGGACGGCAGUGACCGAACCACCCUGGUCCAACUGAACAACAAUUCCUGGCCCAACGGAUUAGCUCUAGAUAAUAAAGAACGGAAGUUGUACUGGGCGGAUGCGCAGACUAACACAAUCGAAGUGAUCUCCCUUGACGGACAUAAUCAUCAAGUGCUGAUUAAGGAGGAGACGGCUCACUAUUUUGGACUGACUCAAAUGGGGAACUAUCUCUACGUCACAGACUGGAAGAAAACGUACAUUUCGCGAAUGAAUAAGAAUGGUGGUCCUUUGGAACCGUUUGGAACAGAAUCAUUUACCAAAUUAUAUGGAAUACAUGGCUUUAAUGGAAGCGAAGUCAUUGUUGGUACGAGCGUGUGUCUGUAUCACCAUUGUGAUCACCUGUGUCUGCCGCUACCCAACAACCAGCACACCUGUCAGUGCAGAGACGAUUUUUAUCUGGCAGAGGACACAACCACGUGCAUAAAAUUAAAUAAAACGACUACAUCAGCGCCAACAACUACAACAACGUUACGAACAUCAACUACUACAUUCUCAACGCCAACAACAUCGAAGAAUGCAGGGUCAUCACCCAAAUCAACUAGUCGGAUAACAGACAAAGUGACGUCACAAAAGUCGACGACGACGGCGGCAUCCACUUCAAUUAUUUCACUAACAAGUCCGUCAUCAGAGUCCGGAAUGAGCACAGUGAAUACGUCCACCACAAACGACUCGCCGGUAGUGACGUCAGUGCCGGCUGUAUCUGAAGCGAAACACCCAGGGAUCGCCAGAGGUGUGAUAAUAGCUGUUUCGCUUGUGGUUUUGGUAGCAGUCAUAGCAGCAUUCAUCGCCGCAGUGUACCUCUACAGAAGACACAGGGUGCUGAAAAUCCCACAUGGGAAGCUUGUCGAGGAGGACACUAAAGUAGUAUCGUUUUACAAAAUAGCGUUUCCUGAGAACAGGGCUGAGGAAGAAACAACGAUGGAGUGUGGUAUAGAAAACCCUACCUAUGGCGUCAUCACUUCCGACAAGAUGUUUGACCAAUGAAGAAAGUCUCACACAAACAGUUUGAAACAAAUUACUCCAUGUCUUUUGGACUGGAAGAAAAAAAAAGCCUUUCAUUUUUAUCCUUGCAUAACCAUGAAAGACACAACGAUAAAGAGGUUGUAAAUAUUUGUUUUCAAACAGAUUUUGUUUAUGACUUUUAAGUGUCAUAGUUUUAUGACAGUCGAAUAUUGAUGCAUUCCAGAAGGCAUGUUCAUGAGGGCGAAAGAUCGCAGUCGACCGCUAGCCUGGUUGUUUACGGCAAAGAUUAGGCAAAUGUGAUGUGAUAGAAGACAAUGGUACCAGUCAAACUGUCCGCGAGCGAUCGGCCUCUUGAACACGCCAUUACAAAAUUUGAAAUUAUAUAUGGGUCAAACCAAAACAUUUACAGGUAUCCCAUUUAAUCUGCUACAUUACAACCAUCUAUGGUGUCCUAAAUUUAACGCACUAAAAAAUGGAUUACGCAAAACAAGACACGGGAAAGGAGAGUAUGACGAAAACAGCAUGAACCAAGAUAUAAUUGACCUGAUGUGACAGUCAAUAUAUGGAGUGGGUUUGAUUCUUCAACCGGUCACACCACUGAGGUACAACCUCUUCCAGUUGCCAUCAGAUGACGUUACAAGAAUUUGGUUUACGGCUUCAUAGACAAAGAGAAAAAUACUAAUUUAAAAAAAUACUCCAUAGCGAUAUGUGUUUUUUUGUCGAUCUGCAACGUUUGGUUUUCUGUUGUCCAUCAUGUGUGUUUUUGAGUGUAAGUCAAUGCAAGAAAAUUGUUUCUCUUUUUAA